GCCUCCCUCCCAAUUCGAGGCGAUCGCGUGGCUAGGGUGUCUGCGAACUCCUCCCCCGAGCGAGCGAGGCGAUCGCGUGGCGAGGGUCAUGGCGUCCGUUGCUCGGGCUCUGGCGUCGGGGGCGAGGAUGAUGCCCCCGGCGUCGCGGGCUCUGGCGUCGCGUGCUCCGGCGUCGCCUCUAUCGAAGGUUUACAUUGCAGGCCCGAGGUUCUUUUCAUCAACAGGGAAUGAAACUAGAUUUGAAAAGCUGAAGAAAGACUGGGACAAUUUGGAUCUAAGAUCCAAGUUGAGUGUCCUUGAGAUGAUCGGAAAAUACACAAUGUUCGCAUUUAGCGGGAGCUGGGGCAUAAUGCUCGCCAAGACUGUGCUCGACCGUGUUGACAAAGUAGAAGCAGAGCUUAAGGAGGUGAACAUCGAUGUGAAUGCGCUCAAGGUUUCUAUGGCGAACGCUGAGGAGAAGUCUGGCCAUCAUAGGCAGGAGGUCGACGCCAAGUGCGACAAGUUAAGGCUUGAGGUCAAAGACCUGUUGUUGGCUCAUGGGUUUAAGAACAAAGAAGUUCCAGAUGCCACAGUUGCUGUCCCUGGCGCACAAGAGACUGCUUAAGCAGCCCCUUGAGGCACGGAUGUGAGGGUUUUGGCUGUAUCGUUUUUUUGAAACCAUCUAUUCGUAUCCGUACGUUGUAGUUGCUGCCGUACCUUUUUGCUGGCAGGUAGAGAUCAACUUCUCGACAUGAUAGGAUUUUUCGCUUCACUGACUUUUCGCUUUACUGCUGUGGUUUGACCUUGGGGCAUCACUGACAUUUGGGCAUUCAAUUACUGGCUUGUACAUUAGCAAUGUGCCUGCCCCUCGGUCUGCAGAUGUUUGUCUACAUACUUACUACAGUAAGCAUACUCCAGUAUCUUGUAUGUCCACACAUUGUUAAGGCCAAUGCAUUCCUUUUUGUAAAAAUUGAACCCGUUGUAAUAAACGGGUAAGUUGUAAAAAAUACUGGAUUCAUAUUUUUUAGAAACAGGAGCUUUUUUUCAUC